AUGGACUCAGAAAAACGUGAAGACAACUUCACUGGUGGCACAGGAUGGCAGCAACGCUUCAAAAAUCGCUACGGCAUCGUCGGGAAGACCCUCUUGGGUGAAAGCGGGGCAACCAGCACCAAGAACAGCAUUGAGAAGUGGCUGUCUGAUGAAUGGCCAGAAAUCUGCAACAGCUUUUCGCCGUCGCAAAUAUUUAAUGCUGACGAAACUGCCCUGUUUUGGCAGAUACUGCCAAGCAAGAUGGACUUCAAGGGCAGCAAACGCCAUGGCGGAAAAAUGAGCAAGGUGCGCAUCUCCACUUUGCUCGCUGCAAAUAUAGACCGCUCGUGCAACCUUCAGCCGUUCGUUAUCGGCAAGAGCAGAUCACCACGCUGCUUCAAGAAUGCCAGAGGUCUCUCGGUGCACUACACAUCCAACAAAAAACCGUGA